UCGGGAGCCAGAAUCGUACCGAGAGCAUCGAGGGUGCCGUUUAAUUUUUCUUUCCACAUUUUUUCUUUUUGGUUGGUUGAGUAAAAACCACACGUUGUUGUCUGUUUUUCUCAUCUUCACAAUCGCGCGUAUUACGGGGUGUUAACGAAUCGCAUCAACUUCACUCUGAAGAAGUUUCUCUUCGAUACGUCAAGUAGUGUCGCACGAAGGUCGCCUGGCACGCGCUGCUACAAUUUCUGCUCCCGGGUGGUGGGGAGAUUCGGAUCCGUGAUAUGACCUUAGUGGGGCCCAAGGAGGAGAGCAUCCUGCCCAUCAUGCUGAGUGUGCAGCAGCAGCAUCAUCACCACGGCCUUCACACUACUUCAACCGCGCAAACCCAUCGUGGCAAUGUGAUUGUCUCCACCAGCAGUACACCAAGCAAUAAUAGUACUCUACAACAUGGAUGCAAACGGUCCAAGAUUUACAACCAAGCCACUGGACCUUAUGGCACGGUACCACAUCAGCCCGCUUCGGUGGCCAGACGAAACGCGCGUGAGCGCAACAGGGUGAAGCAAGUGAAUAACGGAUUCGCCACUUUGAGACAACACAUACCGCAAACGGUGGCGCAGGCGCUAGGAAGUAGUACAGCUGGUACUCAUGGCGGGUCCAGAGCUGCCAAGAAAUUAUCCAAAGUAGAGACUCUAAGAAUGGCGGUAGAGUACAUUAGAAGUCUUCAACGUCUUUUAGCGGAGCAUGACGGUAGUUCCGAAUCCAACGGGUCAUCCCCCACUUCAACGUCCUCCAACUCACCCGGAGGUGAAAACGGAAUAGGCUCCGACUCGAACCAUUCGGCGGAACUUAGAUUACGAGGUAAUAUCAGCGGGGAGAUCCAUCAUCACGGUACGUCAUCUGAUCUCCGACAUCAGCAUCUCAGACAGAAUCCGAGUCCAACUUUUGUUCCGACAACAUGUUCGGAGUCGUCGAGUUCACCAACGCCAAGCUUCGUCUCUGAGACUUCAUCAGCCGGAAGUCAAGGUUACAGUACGCCUGGCACUCUUUAUACGACACAUUCCGAUAGUUAUGACAAUUAUGAGCCAAUGAGUCCGGAGGACGAGGAGUUGCUGGACGUCAUCUCCUGGUGGCAGCAGAGUCAGUGAGGAUGUCAACAUCAGUUCUACUGGACUUUUGCGUCCUUUUGAAGCAGUGACCGAAGGCGCACAUAGGAUAAAGAUGAAAAUGAAC